AUGAAUUCUUCAAUAAACCCUACUCAAAAAUUAUACCUAGUUCUUGAUUUAGAUCAUACAUUGCUUAAUACUACCCGAAUAGAAAAUUUAACUUCUGAAGAAGAAUACAUUAGAAGUCAAAAAUUUUCGGAUUCAGAUCUGUUUAUGUUGAAAAAUUCAAUAUCUAUGACUAAAUUGAGACCUUUUGUUCAUAUGUUUUUGGAAGAAGCAAGUAAGAUGUUUGAGUUAUGUAUUUGGACUAAGGGUACUCGCAAUUAUGCCCUAGAAAUGGCUCAAUUUCUUGACCCUAAAAAUAUUUACUUUCAAACAAGAAUAUUUUCUAGAGAAAAUUGUACCCAAUUACAUCAAAAAACGUUGGAUGUUCUUAAUAUAUCUGAAGAAUUUAUUUUGGUACUUGAUGAUACUAAGGAAGUUUGGGAAAAACAUAUGGGUAAUGUUAUUGAGAUUGAUAGGUACUAUUAUUUCGAUUCGAGCUGUCGUAAAUUCGGGUUUAAAAAUAGAAAGUCUCUUUGUCAUAUGAAAAAAGACGAAGAUGAGUCUGAUGGAUCGCUUGCAUGUAGUUUACGUGUUUUAAAGACGGUUCAUAGUGAAUUUUUCGGAAAUGGGUUAAAUGAGGUUGAUAAAGAUGUACGUUACGUACUGAAAAAGGUGAGAAAGAAAGUACUCAACGGAUGUAAAAUAUUAUUUGAUACACAAGAAAGUACUAAAUUAGUUCGAAUGAAUUAUGGUGUAUGGGAGAUGGCAAAAGAAAUGGGGGCUACUUGUACGAUUAAUAAGCUAGAUUGUGAUAUUACUCAUGUAAUUUCAUUGCAUUGUGGAACUAAAGAGUCUCUUUGGGCGUUACAAGAAGGGAAGUUUUUAGUGAAUGCUAAAUGGGUUAAAACUGCUUUCUAUUUUUGGCAAAGACUGUUAGAGAAUGAUUUUCCUGUUCGUAAAGUGAAGUCUAUCAAUCUGUUUAAACCAACUGUUAUUCAUGAAAUGUUUGGUAAAAUCAAGUUGUUUAAGCCAAUUGUAUUGAAAUGUUUACUAAGAAAUAUAUAUUUUUUUGAUUAUGAUCCAUGUGAACCAUAUUGGGAUGGUUCAAGGAUAACUAGUACAAGAAGCAAGGAUGCAAAGCAAGGCAAUGAGUCAUAUUCAAGCAAUGAAGCAGAUCCAACAACAGAAGAGGAAGAAACAUAA